GUAUGCGAGUUUAUAUUUUUGUUGUGCCAUCGAGCAGAACGAUAAUGAACUGUUAACCCUUGAAAUUAUUCACCGUUAUGUGGAGUUGUUGGAUAAAUAUUUUGGAAGUGUUUGUGAAUUGGACAUAAUUUUUAACUUUGAAAAGGCCUACUUCAUCUUAGACGAGUUGUUAAUUGGCGGCGAAAUACAGGAGACAUCGAAGAAGAAUGUGCUCAAAGCGAUUGCCUCCCAGGAUCUGCUCCAAGAGGUCAGUACACCUGAAGCAUAUGAUUUGUAAAAACAUGAAUAGCAAAAAUUAUAAGAAAGAAUGAAGUUAGUCAUUCAGUAGAAGUGAGGGCAUAACAAUUUUCAAACUAAAUAGCCAUAAUGUAUAUUUUUGCAUUAAUUCUUCCUAUUAUAUUUGAAACAGUAUCAAUAUUUUUCACUUUAUCAUCUCAGUUCCCAUUCGUUUUUAUCCUUAUUUCUCUUCUAUACGUGUCCUUAUGUAAAACUUCAUAUUUAAAAUUUUAUUUGAUACAAAACAACGACAAAAUUAAAAAAAAAAAUGCACAACAAUUGUUCCUGUCCUGCACAUUUCCAUACUCUAUGUUAUAUUUCCAUUCUUCAGCAAGUUCUCUCUAUAAACAUUUUCCUUUUCUAAUUCUGCUUGCCAAAAAUCCAACUACUACUUCAAAUUUCAACUCACUUUAACUUCAACUCUACAACAAUAAACUAUCAACAUCUAAUUACUUUUAUUAAAUGACGAUUAAUAAUUGACUCUAAAUGAUUGUAACUUAAUAUACAAAACUAAUCUCGUAUAGAAGGAAGAAUUCUUCUACACCAUACAAUAAUCGCUACGCCUUUACCAGUUUAUCUAAAUAUACAUACGUUAAUUUAUUUAUCAAUACAUACUAUUAUAUAUAUACAUAUAUUGUUACAUAGAUGGCCCGUUUUUGGAUAGCAAAUAUAUAUUAUAUUAUAUCUAAUUGAAUAUGGAAUGAAAUAGGUUAAUAUGUUUAUUGUACACUUAAUGAAAUUGUAUUCAUGGAAUGAUUUAUAUUUUUCUUGUUUGUAAUUGACUGUUAUGCAUGCUUAAAUGUUAUGAUAUUGGUUAAUCGUAACGCAGCCGAGAAAAUUUGUAAUGUUAACUAGUUAAUAGCUUAUAAAAUGUACUUACAUAUAACUUAAAAAUUCCGGAACAGGUUCCAAAGCCUAGCCAGAAUUUGCCAAAUGUAUAAUAAAUAAUGCCUGUACCCGCUUGCCAUUAAAUGAAACGACAAAAAACGAUUUUAA